AUGGCUGGUCCCUCGCUGUGUGCUGCCGCCACCGCGGCCUCCCCGGAUCUGCACAGGGUGCCCAGCUUUGGAGAGAGUAAAACCACACAGUGCUCCUUUUCAAUUGAGAGUAUAUUGGGACUGGAGCAGAAAAAAGAUGACAUUCCAGCUGGGAAACCUCACAGACCCUGGAUGGAUGCAUGCACCAGUGAUGACAGUAAUCCCCAUCUGCAAAUCCCUGUUGUUUGCUAUGAGAAUCCAUUAUUUCAUGCUAGAAGUGAUCCAGUGCAAGAGGAAAAAGUUUUGAAAUGUGAAAAAUAUUUUUCAGUAACUGAAAGGCUGUCCUUCAAACGAGAAUUGAGCUGGUACAGGGGUAGAAGACCAAGAACUGCAUUCACUAGAAACCAGAUUGAAGUCUUGGAAAAUGUUUUUAAAAUGAACUCCUACCCCGGCAUUGAUAUUAGAGAAGAGUUAGCUCGCAAAUUAGAUUUAGAUGAAGACAGGAUCCAGAUCUGGUUCCAGAACCGUCGUGCAAAACUGAAAAGAUCACACAGAGAAUCUCAGUUUCUAAUGGUGAAAAAUACUUUCACCUCCAGCCUGCUAGAGUAG